AUGUCCGAACAACCCUACGACCCUUAUAUCCCCUCUGGCUCCAACGGGGCCCCCGCUAGUGCCGCGCAGAAUGGCGAUCCCAGGACGCGGGAAAUCGACAAGAAAAUCCAAGAAACUGUCGACACGAUGCGUUCGAAUAUCUUCAAGGUCUCGGAGCGUGGUGAACGUCUGGACUCUCUGCAGGACAAGACCGAUAACUUGGCCACAUCAGCCCAAGGUUUCCGCCGAGGAGCCAACCGCGUGCGAAAGCAAAUGUGGUGGAAGGACAUGAAAAUGCGCGUUUGCUUGGUUAUCUGCGUCAUCAUCUUGCUGGUAGUCAUCAUCGUUCCCGUUGUAGGAAACCAACAGUCGGUACUCCGUUUCCAUGGUGGUAGACACCCGAAGCAUGUCGAACAGGCCACCCCGAGACAUGCAGUCGACGCCGAACUACGAGGGCGACAUGACGAAGAGUGGACCGGCAAGACCCCUAGGGUAAAUGAGCCGGAGACAUUCCCAUUAGCUAACAGAUCAGAUAACGAAGGACCCAAUGCACUACGAAAUGACAUCUGGGAAUUAUAUCGGGGCAGGGAUCCAUCCGGCGAGGGCUGGGCGAACGGUUAUUCGUCAAUGAGGGGGGCACGACAGACCAUUAACAGGUCGAAGCGAGAUCUGAUAAUCCCAGAAUUCCUGGAAUGUGGAAAUUGACGAGGUCGAUCUGCUGGGUGUGGUGGUGAGAGGGGAAUUUCUGUUACGUGAGCUGGUAGAAAAGAGAGAGAAAAAAA